CUUACAGAGCUCCUGAAGUUUUUCAUCAUUGCCGUAACUCUUUUUUUUUAAUGAAAAUUGGAGACUGGAUUUCUUGUGCUUCUUUUCUGUUUUACUGAUAGUUGUACUGUGGGAGAGGGUGGUGAUUUGCUAUACAUCCUGUUGCCAUCAGGCUUCAGACUUUUAAAAAUUUAUUCCUACUUUUGCUGCAAUACAUUGUUGUAUUAUUUAUUUCCAACACUGGGCUGAAAAAUGCACGGACCUCCCGUGGACCUGUCAUUCAAAGGCCUCCAAUCUAUGAAGGAUGCACUUGCUGAGGAACCCAACCCGGGUGUACGAAAGUUAAGGCGUGAUGCCGAGAAGAAGUUCUGCAGUAGGGCCCUGAGACUGAACAACAAUAACCUCACAGACCUGGACGGUUUCAUCACCACAGUCAAUACCUUCGUCAGUAACCCGUACCAGCUGGCCUGGGUCGACCUGUCCUUCAAUUCCAUAUCUCGCAUAGAUACAGCUCUGACUGAGCUACGGGAUUUGCGGGUUUUGUACCUGCACGGUAACACCAUAUCCAAACUGUCCGAGGUGGAAAAGUUAGCAGUUUUACCCUUCCUCCAUACCCUGACCCUGCACGGCAACUCCAUCGAGAACAAGAGGGGUUACAGAGGCCGUGUGAUCGCAGCACUUCCCCAUCUGAAGACCUUGGAUUUCAGUACAGUGACCAAGGAGGAGAGGACAAUGUCUCGGAUCUGGCAUAAAAGCAAAACCCCAAAGAGCAACAAAACUUGCCCACGCUGACAUUCGAACACCACUGCUGUUACGACUGAAUGCAACGUUCCCGUUUGCUAACAAACGACCGACCAGCUGGCUUUUGCAGAACUGACCCCACAGGUUUCUAUUGCGUCAUGUCCAGUUAACACAUUAACACAGUAGUGAGACCUUAAGUACAGCAGGUAGAGUAGCUAUUAUGAAUGUGAAACCUUAAGGUUGCUGGUUCAAACCCUACAACCAUUUACUGUAACAUUGCAAUUCAAAAAGACACCUGAACUUUAAAAACACACAACUGUAUAUGGGUCAGCUGUUAGUGGUUAGCACUAUUGCCAUCAGAAGGCCACAGGUUCAAAGCCCAUGUUCUGCCAUAGUAUCUUUGAAGAAAGUACUUUCCCUAAAGUUGCUCCCAUAAAAUAACUUGGCUGUAUAAAUGGGUGAAUAUUUAUAACCAGUGUAAUGUCUUAAGUUACUUUGGACAAAAAUGUCAACUAAAUGUAAAAAUGGGCCAAAUACAAUAUAUGAUGAAGGCAGAAAUGCAGACUAAAAAUUAUUAGCUAAGAAGCAAACUAACAGUAAUGUCAUUUGACAUCAGGAAUGACAGGCCUUUAUAGUUUUUACAGUGAUUGUCAAACAUUUGUUUCCUAUUGCUAAGCCUUAUUUAGACAGUAUUUAAGAUUGGUUUCAGAAUUGCUUGUUGUUCAUUAGUCCUUAAUUCCGCAGUGAUGAUUUCCGUGACAUCUGUAAA